AUGGUGAUAGAAAUUGAUAAUACAGUACACGAAGUCAAAUUUCCACGUGAACUAGAAGCUUUCAAUUUUCCUAUUUUUUGUGGACGACAGAAAGAACUAGGUGAAAUAGAAGGAAAGCUGUGGGGAGAUAAAGACAAACGCUCAACCAUGAAACAAAUAUUGGUAUUAGCAUCUGUUUCGGUCACUGAUGAACGUAGAAAUAAUAAAGAUUUUUGUAGUUUGUGUCAGAUUGCUAACGUGACAUACGAGAGAUCAGCAGAAUGGCAUUUGGUAUCGGAGUACAACUUUUUCCUACGCCAGCUAGAACAAACCGGAAAUGUGUUAUUCGUUUACGACAGCUGCGACAGAUUGGAAGUUAUUGAAUCGCUCUUACCAACUCAAGCCAAACAAGUUCAUGUCAUCGUGACGACAAGAGCACGGGGCGGUCACGUGCUUCUAGACUCCAAUCGUGACAGAAUCGUUCACGUCGACGUACUAGAACCGAAUGACGCCGUCGAAGCUCUCAUGGAAUGGAAAGGAAACGGGCAAAGCGUGCGUACCAUCGUAGACGAUGCCAAAGAGAAGUUCGAUGCUGACAUUCUAGUUAAUCUUCCACAGAUUGGUCGCCUGCCGUUGGCUAUUCGUCACGCAGGACUAUAUCUAAUGGAGAAGAAGAUUAAUUGUGAGGAAUACGGAAAAUUGCUUGAUAACAAAAAAGAAAGACUGCGAACGAUAGGAAACGAUGUGAAGGAAAUUGUAAAAUAUUGCGGACUGCAACAUGUUGCCAACGCACUCGAAGAGGAAGGGAUUGCGAAUAUGAGAGACUUUGUGCGAAGUAACUUAUCCCGACUGCAAACGUCAUUUCUCAUAAGACCACACGAACUAGAACAGCUCAACAGAAUUAUAGAGAAAUUGAAGACAGCGACGGUUAUGACGUGGGACAUGCAGAUUGAAGAGGUGAUGAAGAAUUCAGACGCAACGACCAGCACAAUACUUCAAAUAGCUUCUCUGGUUAAUGGAAAAUUGAUUACUAAAAGUUUGCUGUUGACUCUAGCUUUCGGUACAAAGCAUGCUACUGACUCAGAUAGUAAUAGAAAGAUGAAUGAGGCCAUUUCUCGUUUGGCAAACGUUUCUCUUUUAAACGAUGACGUCGAGUGCAGCAUGCACUGUCUUGUACAACAGAAUGUCGUGGAAGCAAUGAUGAGAGAAGGAACAUUCGCUCAUCGACUUCGUUUACUUUGCAAAUGUCUUGUCGACAUGGUGCCUCGUUCAUUGGACGGCGUCAUGAGAAGUUUGAACGAGAAGAAAGUGUCGGAUCUAGUCGACCACGUAUAUGUGGUAUCUUCUCAUAUUUUGCAAUCCGAGCAACUGGACGAGGAGUGUUGGCAACUAUUACAAGUAUCCUGUUUUAUGGCAGAUGCUUAUGAGCAUGUGAAGAAAGCGGAAUAUCUGUGUGAAGGAAGACUUGCUUUAGUAAAACGUUUGAAUUCACAGCAAAUGGACAAAGACAAGCUGUUAACGUCAUUGAUAGAUGUGGGAAAAGUUCGCAUGAAAUUGUCCAAUCCCCAGGAAGCCGAGAAGCCGCUGAAAGAAGCGUUAGAGAUGAGUCGAGAAAGUGGUGGUCAAAUAGAACCAAUUCUUCAUUAUCAAGCUUUGAAUUCCAUGGCUAGUUGCUAUCGCUAUUUGCGUCAUUUCGAAACAAGUGAGCAGCUCUAUCUUGAACUAUUCGACUUUAUAAAACAACAAGGAUUAGCAGAACAAUACGUCUCUCGAGUUCUGAACAAUCUGGCAUUGACAUACGAUGAUUGGGGCAAAAUAUCUGCAGCAAUAGAGAACUAUAAAAAGAGUUUGACUCUGACAAGAAAACAGUCAAAUGUCAAUCCGUUGAGCCUCUCUACAGUUAUCUCAAAUCUCGCAAUUUGUCAUCAAAAGAAUGGACAACUUGAGCGAGCUGUCUCUUAUUACGAAGAAGCGUUGACAAUCAAAAGAAAGCGAUUACCGUCUUCUCAUCCGUCUUUAGCUCUGGUAAUGCGCCAUCUGUCUUCUUGCUACCGUCAGCAAGACCGGAUGGAUCGUGCGAUGCGGUUGGCCAAUGAAGCUCUACAAAUAGCGUCAUCAUCGCUGCCCAUCAACCAUGCCGAAUUGGGCGACUAUUUCCAAGAAGCUGCUUCAUGCCAUUACCAUUCACGAUCGUACGAUGAAGCUAUUCGAUUGUUUGAAAGAGCUGGAGAUGUUUUCAGUCAUCAUCUGCCCGCACGAGCAACAUCUUUGUCUAUUGUGAAUCAUAACCUUUCCCUCGUGUAUAUUCAUACUGGACAGAAAGACAAAGCGGUGGAACUCAUGACAGAAAGUCUUAACAUCAGUAGACAAACUUUACCGGAGAAACAUCCGGAAAUUGCUAAAUCUCUCGUGUCGCUUGGCGGCAUUCUGCGUUCCAAGGGAGAUUUCGAUGAGGCCGUUGUGCAUAUUGAGACAGGUCUGUCUAUUCUACGACAAACCCUACCGACUAGUCCGUUCAUAGCCAAUGGUCUGUAUUAUCUUGCAUUUAUUGAAAUGAAACGAAAACAAUUGGUAGAGGCGCGUGAACACGCCUCCCAAUGUUUACGUUUACGCCAACAGAUUUACCCAAGGAAACACAGAAUAAUCGUUGGUGCGCAAGAGUUGCUCCAUGAAAUUGAAAUCGAACUGUCGCCAUUAUUAUUUGUCGCAGACGAUGAACAGUCAACAGCAACAACGUAACAGCUACCAAUCAACACCACAUGCAUGUGACAGUAACUUUUAGUAGAGGGUCGGUAUUCUAUUUGGUAGAUGGUUAGUACAGAUAUAGUUAACAAUCUAUCUUACGUCCAGUGUGACUGUUGUAGUCACUGUCAUGGUGUAUCAAUUGCUUUUAUCAUUUGUUAUUGCCACUUUUAUAUUGCUAACGUAGCGACGAGUAUCGUAUUUUAUUCCAAUAUUAUUAUAAAAUCUCCACG